CUAGAGAGGUCUCGAGCUCAAAUAAACCACUGGGUGAAGGAAAAGACCGAACAGAAAAUAGGUGAACUCUUGCCCAAGGGCAGUAUUAAAAAGGAGACAAAGAUGGUUAUUGCUAAUGCUGUCUACUUCAAGGGUGCUUGGGAUUUACCUUUUGAGAAGUCCAACACCAAAGAUGGCAAGUUUACUCUGCCUAGUGGUAAGAAGAAGGAUGUAAAGUUGAUGUUUAAGAAUAUCAAAAACGUAAUGUACUGUGACUUUGGAGAUCUGGACGCUAAGGCCGUUUGUCUUUCUUUCAAGGAUUACAGACUGCGUAUGUUCCUUCUGCUACCGAAUCAAGAAGAUGGACUACCACAGUUGUUGAAAAAGCUCUUCACUGUUGGUCCUACACCGGAUGGCUCUGGUGACAAGCGUUACCUGGAUAUGUUUCUCUCAUCCAUGUAUUAUUGCACACAAGAGGUCAAUUUAUACCUUCCGCGGUUCAAACUUGGCGAGGGUGACCCUUCUAUGGACCUUUUUCUAAACAUGGUGAAGUUGGGUGUCAGCAAGGUCUUCGAUGAUACCGUCGCUGACUUCUCGGGUUUGACUGACAUUUCGGGUCUCUAUGUGUCUUCGAUCUUUCAUUGUGCUGUACUAGAGGUGGGUAAAUAUCUUGCGAUUAAUUGUAGUACUACAAUUGGCGGUUGGAGAAUUCCCGUUCUAGAUAAUUUCUAA